AUGCGUCGUCACCAGAAAGCUGAUCUGGCGAUAGGCUACAUCAUACGACAGACCAGCUACUCCGACAUGUUUGAGGUGAUCUCAAACUUCCACUUCUUCACCAUCGCCUUGCUCUACAACACUCAGAACAGCAUUCGUUGGGACAGUCUUAUAAGUUUCUUGACGGUCUAUCAUUAUGGCGUGUGGAUCGUGUUUGUUGCCGCCCUACUUGUCUGUCUCGGCAUGCUCCUUUUUCUUCAUCACAGCACCUUCGGCAUGCUCAACCGCCACAUUGUGGCUCACUACGCCACCAGCCAAAUCGGCACUCUGCUUCAGGGAUUGCCAAGCAAGCUGCCAAACUUCUGUUCGGGUCGACUGCUUCUUUUCGGCUGGUGGAGCUUUACAAUCGUCUUCAUCAUGCUCUACAUAGCCAACUAUGCUGCCAUUCUGUACAACUCACGAAUGACGAAUCCAGCCCUCUCAUUUGAUGUAGGUGCCUCCAGCCAAUUGUCUGCCACAGCAUCAUAUAAAAAUCUAAGAGGUAUUUGGUAUAUCCACAACAAACGGCUGCAACCAAAAUCUCUGCUCGUAUGCCUAGUUAUGCAUCCUGCCGUAAUGUACCUUGUUAAUGGUCUGGUAGGAACAAGAGAGAAUAUCUUUGAUAGAGUGCCCAAAAAAGAAUAUGUCUUUCCAAUUUUGAUGGUAGAUACAACUAAAAUUCGGAAUGGGGUUCACAUCAAGUCUAUCCAGCGAAAGGAAACCUUGGCAGGCAUAAGUCUUCACAUUUCCAUAAACCUUCUUGACUAG